AUGUCGUCGGAGCAAGAUUAUCAAGAUCUUUUUGGCCCUCAAGCUAAGAAGGCCAAACGAGGCCGGCAACAGCUCCAGACCGACAAAUCGGCCAACGCGAUCCGCAUUCGAGACAACCAGCGACGAUCACGCGCGCGGCAUAAGGAGUUCGUCGACGAGCUGCAGCGCAAGGUGCAGGAGUACGAGAAGCGCGGGAUCGAGGCCUCGCUCCAGAUGCAAAAGGCAGCCCGCGACGUCGCCAUUGAAAACUCGCGUCUGCGCGCCCUGCUCGCGAGCCGCGGCGUCUCCAACGACCAGGUCGACGCAUACCUGCGCUCCUUCGACGACGAUCCCAAGGGCGCAUCGUCCGCCGUGCCCAUCACCUCGACCCUCGCCCCCAUCCUCAACGCCCCCAUCGUCCUCGAGCCCUCGCCGACACAGCUGCCGCCCCUGCAGGAGCAUUUUGGCCAAACAUUUCCGCCCGAGCCGCUGGAGGACGACCCCGUCGUGAAGAAGAGAAAGUUUGGCGAUGCCCUGCUGCCGCCCGUGCUGACCCUGACCCCGACCCCCGACGUUCAGCAGAGCUCGGCGCUCGACCGACUCGCCGUGCUCGCCGACGCUAGUCUCAACCGUUCCUCCACGCAGCCAGGACACCCUGGGAGGCCCUUGUCGGAACCGUCAAGGAGCCCUCACCCGUACGAUCGCACAAGCCAGACGCCCCCUCGCCCCACUGCGCCGCCGCCGCCGCAGCAGCAGCAGCAUCAUCAACAGCUACCGGCCGUGUCGCCUCAUGAAAUGUCUUGCAACGCUGCGGCUCGAAUCAUUGCCGAUAUGCAAGGGGGGAAUGGCGACGAACGAAAGGCCAAGAUCGCUCUCGGAUGCGGGGCCCAGGACGAGGACUGCUUCGUCAAAAACACGUCCAUCUUCCGAAUGCUUGAUCACCGAUGA